AGAGCUAGUACCAUUCACUUCACUAAUUAGAACGCUCAGGCCGUUCAUUCGUUAGUUCAAGUCUUUUUCUAGUCAACUUUCUUUCUUCUGUCUUCUGAGUUGUGACCGAGUUGUGUUGUGCCUCCACUAAGUAAAGUUGCAGCUGAAAUUAUACUCACUGUACUCUCUACUCCUUUAGUUGCAGUUUCUGAUUCACUAGACGUGAGGAAUCCAGACGUAGAGUGAUGGGCUGCUUCCAGUCCAAAAUCCCUCAUCAGCUUCCUCCUCCACCUCCUCCUCCGCCGCAAACUAACUCAGAUCUAGAUGGGAAUGGGGAACAGCAGGCGGUGCCCGCAUUCAACGAGUUCAGCCUCGCCGAGCUGCGGGCAGCUUCCAAUGGAUUCAGCACUGACCUCAUUGUGUCAGAGAGUGGAGAAAAGGCUCCCAAUGUGGUGUACAGAGGGAAGCUUAAGAACAAUCGAGUAGUGGCCAUUAAGCGAUUCUCGAGGCAAUCAUGGCCCGACCCUCACCAGUUUGUUAACGAAGCUGCUAUGGUUGGGAACCUCCGUCACAAGAGGUUGGUCAAUUUGAUCGGCUGUUGCGCCGAGGGGGACGAGCGCUUGUUGGUCGCUGAGUAUAUGCCUAAUGAUACCCUCUCUAAGCAUCUUUUCCAUUGGGAAAAACAGCCUUUACCAUGGGAAAUGCGCCUUAGAGUUGCUUACCAUAUUGCUCAAGCCCUUGAGCACUGCAACGCUCAAGGCCUUAAAAUUUAUCACGAUUUAAAUGCUUACAGAGUUCUUUUUGAUGAGGAAGGUGAUCCUCGGUUAUCUAGUUUUGGACUAAUGAAAAAUAGCCGAGAUGGGAAAAGCUACAGUACAAAUUUGGCAUAUACUCCUCCUGAAUUUUUGAGGACAGGCAGGGUCAUCCCCGAAAGUGUGGUCUACAGUUAUGGAACUGUACUCCUGGAUCUCUUAAGUGGAAAGCAUAUCCCUCCCAGCCAUGCCUUGGAUUUGAUAAGAGAGAAGAAUUUAUUGUUGUUAAUGGAUUCUUCCCUGGAAGGACAAUAUGCUAAUGAAGAUGCCAGGGAAUUGGUUGAAUUGGCUUCAAAAUGUCUUCAGUAUGAGGCUAGAGAUCGACCUGAUACCAAAUUCCUCCAUUCAGCAGUGGCACCUCUUCAAAAACAGGAGGUUGCCUCACAUAUUCUAAUGGGUCUAUCAAAAACCCCAGUGGUGCUGCCAACUAUGAUUUCCCCGCUUGGAAAGGCAUGUGCUAGGAUGGAUCUUACUGCAGUGCAUGAUAUCUUACUGAAAACUGGUUAUAAAGAAGAAGAAGGUGCAGAAAAUGAGCUGUCAUUCCAAGAGUGGACACAACAGGUUCAGGAUAUGCUGAAUACAAAGAAAUUUGGAGAUAUUGCAUUUAGAGACAAAGAUUUUAAAAAUGCUAUUGAUUACUACUCAAAGUUGGUAGCGAUGAUGUCUGUUCCUUCUGGUACUGUAUUUGUGAGAAGAGUCCUUUCAUACUUGAUUAUUGGCCAACCAGAACUUGCCUUGAGAGAUGCCAUGCAGGCUCAGGUGUGGUUGCCCUAGUGCCCCACUGCCUUCUACAUGCAAGCUCUUGCUCUCUCCAAGCAUGGAAUGGAAACCGAUGCACAGGACAUGCUUAAUGAUGGAGCCUCAUUUGAGGCAAAGAAGCAGAAUGGUUGGCGUGUCUAAGCAGCAAUCAAGCAGUAUUGUUAUUUUUUAUUUCAAAAAAAAAAGA